GCGUCUGUCCCGCCUUCAACUCCUGUCAGCCUUCCAGAGCGCGCGCACACCGGUGACCAGACAGAGCGCGCGAGGCUGGAGGUCGGGACGCCGAGCGCUGUUUAUGUGUGUGUGCCAACACGGGAUAACGGCGCCGUACAAGACAGACAGACAUUAGAUUACCGGAGACGUUGUGUUGCCGCGGUGGAUGCGGAGGAUGAAGGGAAAGAGCCGGAGGCAAGAAGACAGAGAGAAGAAGUUUAAACUUUAACGGGACCGCGACCGGUAGCCUAGUCCGGUUAAAGACGGCAAUCUGUCCAGACUCUUACCUAUGGAAAACUUUAACGGACUGAAAACAUAAUCUCAGACUGGAUGUUGACGGGACUCAUGAACCGGCCUCCGUGUGAACUUAAUAUUUUGGCAUGAAUAUCCUUUAAAACGGUUUGAAUCUUUUUCAUUUUACACCGUUCCUGCUUUUUAUUCCGGAUUCUUAAUAUAUGGGAAAGGGAGAGUAAAGUGAUGAACCGGGACAGAGCGGUAACGGGGCCCGGAGCGGACGGGGUCCAGACCGUGAUAAACCGGGACAGAGCCGUAGCAGGGCCCGUGGCGGACGGAGUCCAGCCCGUGAUGAGUCGGGACAGAGUGGUACCGGCCCCCUGCGGGGACGGGGUCCAGACCGUGGUGGGCCCGGACAGCGGAGACAUGCUGGACGGAGGUGCCGCCGGGGAGAAGCGGCUCUUCUCCAACGCGGUGGCCGGAGGCAGAGAUGCUCAGGCCGUGGAGAACCACUCGGAACCUCCGCCGACGAACCCGGUGUUGGCCCCGCCACAGCAGGGCCCUACCGGGCACCGGACCACCUCUUUCUCCGUACUGGACAUCCUGGACCCCAACAAGUUCACGAGCAGCCGGAGACUCCAGCAGCAGCACGCGAGCCACCGAGGUGAGCGCGAGCUGAGCGGGUACGGAGCGGAGAACCGGAGAGGAGGGACUGCAGAGCGCGAGUCCAGCCUGGAGCCCAGUAAAGGCUGCUACGGUGCGGAGGAAUACCAGAGCAAGGAAGGAUUUGUAUACAGAAGCCCAGAUGAGGAGGACUACCACAGAUCUGGGACCCCAGACUCAGAGGCUCCAGAUGGGCCCUACAGCAGCGAGGAGAGCAGCUCAGCUCUGCCCAGUAACGGAGACAGAGAUCUGGGCCAGCACAGCCACCAGGACCCUGGCAGAGACACCUCAAGCCCCGGGGGAGGCCCUGCAGGCCAGAUCACCAACGCCCAGACCAAUGGGGGCCAGGGCCAGCAGGGCAAGCCCAAGAGGAAGCGCUCUGGCUCAGACUCCAAGUCAGGGAAGCCCCGCAGGGCCCGGACUGCCUUCACCUACGAGCAGCUGGUGGCGCUGGAGAACAAGUUCAAGUCCACACGCUACCUGUCAGUGUGCGAGCGGCUCAACCUGGCCCUGUCGCUCUCCCUCACUGAGACCCAGGUCAAGAUCUGGUUCCAGAAUCGCCGGACCAAGUGGAAGAAACAGAACCCCGGAGCAGACACCUCCGCCCCCACCGGCGCAGGGGGAGGAGCUGGAGGUACGGGUGGAUCGGGAGGUCUGGGGAGCCUCAGCCCUCUGAGCCCGUCCCCUCCGAUCAGCGGGCACCUGGCCAUGCACGCUGGCUACGCCAGCCACCAUCACCCCCCCGCAGGCAGCCUGGUCCAGCUGCCUUUCCUCACCGCCAGCCACGUCCUGUCCCCCUUCAUGCUGGGGACACAGAGCUACGCUGCACCUGCCUUCUACAGCACACACCUGUAGACACACACACACACACACACACACACACACACACACACACACACACACACACACACAGAGGGGUUCAGAUCCACAAAGCUGACAGAGCCUCAGAGACUCUGAGCCCAGAGAGACUGAGAUGUUUCAGUGUUUGAAUGAACUGCAGCCAGACAGAGAGACAGACAGACUGUCAGCGCUCUCCUUUUUACUACCAACAUUUGAAGGCUUUAAUUUCAACGGAUUAUUUUGAUAGAAUGUGAAUAUCUACCAGAAACUGUACAUAAAUCUAUGUUCUAGCUCCCUAUUCUGAAUGCUGUUUUAAACUACGUAAUAGACAAAUAGUUGAUUUCUUUCUUUUCAAAAACAGUCUGUAUGAAUAUUGAAUGUUUAUUUAUGACUUAAGGAAUGGCUUGAUCUAUUGUCAGUACCGUGUAACUCCAGCUGUGGUUGUUUUCACUUCUGUUAUUUAUUGGAUUUCUUGACAAUUUCCAUAAAACCCUUGAAUGUACUGAAUCUUCAGCUCAACAUGAUAUCGUCCUUUGAUAUUAAAAUAAUGACAAUUAAACACUGGAAACCA